AUGAUAAACUAAGAAAAUAUUAUUCAAAUGUUGGAAUUAAAAAUAAAUAUAAUUAUUAAAAUUAUAUUGAUAGUUUAAGUUAUUGAUUAUUUAUAAUGGAGACUUAUUUUGUCUAUAAUGGCAAUUUAGGAAUCCAAAAUUCUGUUAUGGAUUCAGAUGAUAUCUUUGUAAUAGAACAGCCUUUUGAAUCCUAUAAAAAUGAUGAUCAUCAUAGUGAUUUGCAAACAACAACUCCUCCUGAAACUCGUAAAAGAACUUGGCGAGAAUGGACCCAAUAUGAAACAAAGAUUCUUAUGGAUAUGUACAGACGAAAUGCAACACAAGUUGGACCAGCUAAAAAAUUUAAAAGCAAAAAAGAAAUGUUUAAUUUUAUUUCAAAAUCAUUAUCCAUAAGAUUUAAUUUUGUCAGGACUGCCCAUCAAUGUGAAAAUAGGUAUAAAACUGUAGUAAAUCAUCGAAAAGUUGGCAAAUUUGAAAAAAAUUUAGAAAACCAAACAAAACUACAUACAAUGAAACUUUACAAUGGAAAUGAGAAUCUUAUUAAAGCUGCUACUGCCUCUGUAUCUGCUGACCAUGAUUAUAAUGGAAAAAAUUCAGUAGAAGACAAUACUUUUACUAAAAUAAUUUCUAAUGAAUGGAGUGUUGAUGAUACAAAGUUACUCAUGGAGUUGUACAAAAAAAAUAUAUCAAAAGUUGGUUUACAUAGAACUUUCCGUACUAAAAUAAAAAUGUUUGAAUUUAUAUCAAAAUCUAUUAAUGAAACUCUACAUAUUAAUAGAUCUGCUGAACAGUGCAUUAAUAGAUACAAAACUAUAAUGAGAAGAAAACAUAAUAAACUUAAUGAUGGCAGUUCAUCCCCUGUGUCUGAGCUAAAAGAAGACAACUCAAACACAUUUGAAAUAUCAAGUAUCGAUCCAAUUUGUGACCUUAGAUUGAGUGAUGAUCAAAGUGAUGAGAAAGAAUCGAUUCUAAAUGAAUGGAAAAAUACCAAAAAAAUAAAAAAUAGUAAUAGUAAAGAUUUAUCUGACGAGUUCGAAAUUAAACAAGAAACAGAGUUAACAAGAACUCUUAGAGAAAUAGCUGACCAAAAGAAAAGAACUAAACUUAAAAUUGCUGCCCACAGAGAAGAAGCAGAAGAAAGAAGACACCAAGAAACUAUGGCUUUAAUUAAACAAAUUGUUACUGUGUUACUAUAGGUGAGAAUAUUAUUCAAUGUAUUGGAAAUUCAUUUAAUUCAUCAGAACAUUACUAACAAUGAAAAUAUAACCUAUAUUAAUAAUUUAUAUGUAAAUAAACUAAAUGCCAUUAAAUUUAAAUAUCUUUUUCAAUAGAUCUUAAGUAAUAAUAAAAAAUAUCAGAUAAAAAUGUCAGAUAGGUUUCAAAUAUAGAAUUUUAAAAUAGUUCAUUAAUAUUUGAGUAUGAGUGUACUCAGUGUAAUGUAUCAAAUAUGAAUUACUUUAAUGAGUGGAUAUUGAUUCUAUUCAAAAUUUUAAUGUACUAAACUAGCUAAUAUAUUUUUAUAACAGUUAUUACAUAAUUCUUAAAUUUUAAAUGUGGGCCUUUGUUUCUAAAGGAAAAUGUUUAUGAACUCCGAAAAAAUUAAUUUAAGCUACAAGUAUUAAUUAAAUUUCUUCUUUUAUUAAAUACAAUAUUGUGAUAAAACAUGUAUAUCAUCAUUGAAUUUUCAAGUAGAAUAAUAAAAUAAUAUAUUCUUAAUUAUACAAUAAAAUAUUCAAAAACUCAUUUUCUAAUGUACAACAUUUAUUUUACAUAAGGACAUUGAUCGAACUGUGAAAUGUAAGACUAUUUGUUUAUGAAAAAUCAUAAAAUAGUUAUACCAACUAAACUUUACAUAAAAACAGUCUCUUCAUAGCAAUUAUGUAUGAAUUACAUAAAUUACUUUUCAGAAAUAUAUAAUUUAAAAACUGAAUAAAAGUUCAAAAAAUUGUAUAUUACUUAAGUUAAUGAUAGGAUGCUUAGACAUUAGCAAUGUAACAAUUGACAUAAAAAGUUAUUAUUUAUAUUACAUUUAGUAUAAAAAUUUUAGCUAAAAUAUUUUACUGAUAUUUGUGGCUUUUUUACACACAUCAGGAUUUUUCCUGUAUCAGUACAAAUAAAUUAACAUUACAAUAAAUUUUCAGUUAAAAACCGAUUUUCAUAUAUACAUUAAGUUGAUAAAUAGCUAGUAAGUACUUGUUAAACCAAGUGUUUAUUUAUUUUACAUUAAUCUUUAAGCAGUAGUAGUAGAAUUUUUGAGCAUUACACAUGAUAAUAUAAGACUAUAAAUGUGUAAUAUAUAAACUGGUGUUAUAAUUACUGAGUGUAAGUAAAUAUUAAUGCACUUCUACUUAUUUUGCAUGAGACUUGUGUCAUUUAUUCACAUAAAAAUUAUAUAAAUUAAAAGGAUACUUGAAAAUGAAUGCUAAACACUAUUAAAGAAAUCACAGUAAAAUUAAUAGUUUAGUUGUGUACUUGAAGUAAAUUAUUUAAUCCUGAAAAAACCCCUCCAAUGGCAGUUUUUAGCAUAUUUUAAGAAUACACAAUCUUUUUAUAUGCGAUAUGUGAGCUUAAUAUUCACACUAGAAUAAUUGAACAAAUACAAUAUUGCUGAAUAUUUGGAAUUAAAGUGUUGAUCAAAUGUAGUUAACACAAACUAAAAUUAAG